UUAUACAACCUAAUAUUAAUCGUAGUAACUUAAUGGUGUUCGUAGAAGUAAGGAAAGAGUUGUAAAAAUGGUGAGAAGCUUUUGUUCCUUUUUCGCUAGAAAGAAGAAGAUGGCGAGAAGCAUCUCCUACAUCACCUCUACUCAGCUCCUUCCUCUUCAUCGUCGUCCCAACAUCGCCAUCAUCGAUGUCAGGGAUGAAGAGAGGAACUAUGAUGGGCAUAUAGCUGGUUCUCUACACUAUGCUAGUGGUUCCUUUGAAGACAGGAUCUCUCAUCUUGUUCAAAAUGUCAAGGAUAAAGACACACUUGUCUUCCACUGUGCUUUGAGCCAGGUUCGUGGCCCAACAUGUGCAAGAAGACUCGUGAAUUAUCUCGACGAGAAGAAACAAGAGAGUGGAAUAAAAAACAUAAUGAUAUUGGAACGUGGCUUCAAUGGCUGGGAAGCUGCUGGUAAACCGGUUUGCCGCUGCGCAGACGUUCCUUGCAAAGGCGACUGCACCUAAGUCUUACUGAACCAUUGGAAUCUAAUUGAGUCUCCACAUUGUCAUGUGUAUCAGAGAUGAUGAUUACUACUACUAUUCAUAAAUAAUCUCUCUAUUGACAAUCACAGUAUUUAAGGGCUAUUUCGAUAUGUAUUUGGGUGUCGUCAAAGCCACGUUUAUUGUCUUCAUAUAACUCUCUCCUCAACUCUUACAAUGGCAGCAGCUCUAUUACUGAUUUACAAAGACUUGUUGAAGAAUUUGGAAAACUCUAAUGAUCUAAUCUAUCAAUUUUUUUU